ACGCCAUUCAAAAUGCCAGACGACGCCGACAGCUCAUCGAGUUAGAACGGACCACAAGCAGCUGGUUCUCCGGCCCCUCUUCAAGUUCAAAGACCCAAAGACCCAGCGCAUACAAGCGGCUCCACUGUUUGCGAACCAACGAAUCCGGCCAAACGUCGCACGCUAGGCAUUAGACCUAUGGUGAUGCCCAUUAAUCAUUUCAAGCCUCCUCAAACGACUUUUGCCUUCACACGCCCAUCAUUGAGACCACCGCCCAUCCGACAAGAACCUGCCGAACAUGCAUCGGACGACGCUCGUACGUCGCCGGGCCCUUCAUCGCCGAACACCGUCGAGCCGUCGAGAGGUCCGCGCAAACUGGGUGCCGGCUUGCAGCGCGCACGCGUCGGAUUAGCAAAAGGAAACAUCAGCAAGGGUCAAGCGACGCAGGCAAAGCUCUGUUUCAUCCCCCCGCAGGACAAGCAUCAGAUGGUCCAGGACGAAAGCAGUGUAGAUCCGAAAGUCACCGGAGUUCCGUUUGACGACUAUUCGGAGAGUAUUCAGAGCGACGAAGAGUGGCUCGAAACCAUGCAAAACGUCGAGGACGUCUUAUCCUCGAGCAGAAGCCCGCCUGUCUGCUCUGAGCCACGUGCAACCUCAGCCUCGGCUAUAUCGACGUCCUCACUUCAUGAGCUAGGUUCGACUGGGAAUCGCCGAUUUCCCGCGGCAGGCGUCGCGAAGUCAAACGUCGGGACACCAAAGCAACAUUUCGGCUCGGUGCCGCCCUUGGGUACACCUCACCUCCCAGCAGACCAUGAAGCUCAUGGCGAUGCUGCGCAGUAUCGAGCUGCAGUAUUUGAGGUGCGCGAGCCCUCGAACCCGCGAUACACUGCUGAGGAACGGGCAAGACAUGGCUUUGAGCUGGCAGCCGCUAGCGGCUUCAAAGUUUACGAAGACCCUGUCCAGUAUCCGCCGGCUCCUUGGAGCUCUGUAGAGUCGCCGCCCCGUCAAGACGACAAUUUGUACAUGCGCCCCGGACAAUUCUAUCCGUCCAUGGCACGACCAUUGCCUCUGCCGAACAGUCCUACCUCGCAACACGGUUGGAGUUCUGCACACGAUCUUUCGUCACAAGGAGACCGUCUUCGUGCGCUGCUUGCGCACCAAGAGACGGUGUCCCACUCCUUAUAUCCUGACCACUUGACCCACGGCGAGCCUAACAGCAGCUCCUAUUCUACCCAAGAUGCUGACAUUGUUGAACAUCAACCUAUCUAUGACGCUACUGAGGACGAUGGCUGGUCUGAUACAAAUCCCGGCCAGGAUGUUGUACACGGAGGUCGCGUUUCUCGCCUGACUAUCGAAGCUGGCACGGGGUGGAACCAGGCUUCGCGCUCUUCACGGGUACAGCCGCGCACUGACGCUACGAAAAGCUACGGUAGUCCUGCAGACAGUGCUCUGGCAUUGCUGUCCUCUCCGAAUCGUGAGUAGCUCCCUCAAAGUUGAUUCCGGCGCGAGCUCCACCGAUGACACAGAUCUUCUUACGCGCAGAUCGCCGUGGUAGACGGACCUUGCCUAUGCGUCGAGAACGCGCUUCGCCAAAGCUAUCCGGUGCCAGCGCUACUCGAAGCGACCAUCGUC